CUGUUUGUUGGUCUCGGAUUUCCAUAUGAAGGCCCAGCUCCUUUAGAGGCUAUUGCUAAUGGAUGUGCUUUUCUAAAUUUAAGAUUUAACCCACCAAAAAGCAGCAAAAACACAGAAUUUUUCAAAGGCAAACCUACCCUCCGAGAGCUGACAUCUCAGCAUCCCUAUGCUGAGGUUUACAUUGGGAAGCCCCAUGUCUGGACUGUGGACAUCAGUGAUCUUUCUGAAGUUGAGAAGGCUGUGAAGUCAAUUUUGAAUCAAAAGAUUGACCCUUAUUUGCCCUAUGAAUUUACAUGUGAGGGAAUGCUUCAGAGGAUGAAUGCGUUUAUUGAAAAACAGGAUUUCUGUCAUGGGCAGGUGAUGUGGCCUCCAUUAAGUGCCCUUCAAGUAAAAAUUGCUGAACCUGGAAAAUCCUGUAAACAAGUUUGUCAGGAAAGCCAGCUCAUCUGCGAGCCUUCCUUCUUCCAACAUCUUAACAAGGACAAAGCUCUGCUUAGGCAUAAUAUCGAAUGUCUCACCAUGGAGUCUGCAAAUGAUAUUCUGGUCCCCUCUUUUGAUGGAAGAAGGAAGCACUGUGUUUUCCAAGGUGACCUCUUACUGUUCAGCUGUGCUGGAUCCCACCCGACCCACAGAAGAAUCUGCCCCUGCAGAGACUAUAUUAAGGGGCAGGUUGCGCUUUGUAAAGACUGCCUAUAG